GCGGGAUUACUAUACAAAGUGCGGCUUGAUAAUCUUAUCCUCUUUGCUCUGUCUUGUUGCAGAUUUGGAGGUGAUCUGAGUUCAGUGUUCGGCCUACUAACAAAGAUUAUAUUCGUUUAUUGGCAUUGAAUAUUGGAUAGUGGGCUUGGGAUGGAGAGCGCAAUCUAAAGGCUGAAACAUGCUGUCAGGUGAUGCAGUUCUCCCAGAAUUCGGAUCCCUUAGUCUUAGCGAUAAUCCUACGGGUUGGGGCCCAACAGAUAUACCGGAAGAGUUUAAAAACAUGCCUUUUCAACCAUUUUCAAAGGAUACUCGCUUAGGCAGAGUUGCAGAUUGGUCAGGGAAUAUUUUUCAAGAUAUGAAAAACAAAGGUCGCUAUGUCACUCAGUCUGUGGGCUCACAGUACGCUUACUAUCAUGAUGAAGACGACAGCAAUUUCCAACUAGUUUCUUCCGUUCGUGAGACAAAAACUCCUGCUAUUCGUCAAAGAUAUAGAUUCCCUAUGGUAAGUUGAACCAUAUUCAUCUCACGCAACCUUUUUUGAUCGUUUAAGAACGGUUCUAGGGUUAUUGAUUCUAAUGAUGAGAAUAAGUCACUCAGAAAUAUAACAAAUCGAAAAACCUCUAAAUAUUGCCUUGAUUCAUGUACAGAACUUCUGUACUUUUCAAUAGGAUUUUCAAGCGUGGCCGCCGCGGUUUGGGUGGUCCUGGUGCAGGAUAUUCUUGGGCAGGAGGCCGGUCAGGAUAUCAGAUGAUUGGAAACCAGGGUGGUGUAGUAAACCGUAAGCUACGCAGUGCAUCAGACAGAGAGCGUAUGAUGUUACAACAGAAUAGACGAUGGCAACACUGGGGCCCCCAAGGUGUCGGUCAGCGGCGAGGGGGGACUCAAGGUUGGAGAUCUAAUGCAGGUGCUUGGGGCUCUAAUAGUGAUCGUAGGCAGGCCCACAGGGCAGUGCGUGAUGCAUCUAUUCAAAUUAAGGAUAAUUGGACGAUGUUGGAAGAGCUAGAUUUUGCUAGACUUGCAAAGUUAGCCCUACCUAACGUAAAGGAGCCUAUUGACAAGGUUAAUUGUGGAGAAAUGGAGUAUUACGACAAAUCAUAUGAUCGCGUUAGCACGCGAAACGAACGUCCUCUCGUAAGAGUAAAUCGGGUUCUCCACACAGUUACAACCUCCAGAGAUCCAGUAAUUCACCGUUUAGCUAGCGACUCCGUUGGCAAAGUAUAUUGCACAGAUACGAUUGCUGCCAUGAUUAUGUGUUGCACUCGUUCGGUGUAUCCUUGGGAUCUCAUUGUACAACGUAUACAAGACCGUUUGUUCUUUGAUAAGCGCGAAGAUGCUGAGUCUGAUUUUGUUAGUGUAUGUGAAACUGCAACAGAACCACCUAAUGAAGAACCUGGUCAUAUUAAUUCACCCCAGCGUUUGGCAUUAGAAGCUACUUUUAUAAAUACCAAUUUAUCUCAACAAAUGCUAUUGAUGGGUGGUAAAACAUAUUCGUUCCCUGAAGAAAAUCCCUUCAAAGAUGAUGAAGAGGAGGAUGAAGAUAGUCCAAAUCCAUCUCAAAACAAAAAUCAAGAAGGAGGUAAAGAAGAAUUAGGUUCUGUAGGAUAUCGAUAUCGCAUAUUUGACUUGGGAAAUGAUGUCCAAAUGGUUAUUCGUUGCGAAGUGAAUGGUGUACUUCAACCGACUAAUGAUGAUCAGCCAGCCAGUCCACAAUUCGUAUGUAUACGCGCAUUAAAUGAAUUUGAUUCACGUUAUUGUGGUGGUGUCGAUUGGCGUACUAAACUUGAUACUCAACGGGGGGCUGUUUUGGCCGCUGAGAUAAAGAAUAAUGCCUUUAAAUUAGCUGGAUGGACUGUCUGUAGUAUAUUGUCAGGUGCAGAUCAAUUGAAAUUAGGAUUUGUAUCUCGUGUCAACCCCCGUGACUCAUCUCGUCAUGUCAUAUUGGGCACACAACAGUUCAAACCAUCGGAGUUCGCCAAUCAGCUGAAUUUAAAUAUGGAUAAUGCUUGGGGUAUUCUGCGAUGUGUCGUUGAUUUCUUCAUGAAAAUGCCUGAAGGCAAAUAUCUAAUGUUAAAGGAUCCUAAUAAGCCUGUACUUCGCAUAUACUCUGUACCUCAAGAUGCUUCUGAUACAGAUGAAUGUGAAGAUGGUAUAAGUGAAGAAGAAGCAGUUAUUGUUGAACAACAAAACCCUGAAACAAGUAAGACGGAAGUAAAUAACAUGUCAGGACAUAGUCAAGACGGAAUAGAGGGUCAGUAUAAAAAAACUGAAGCUGUCACUCAGUUAAGGACGAUUGAGCCUACUGAAUCGUAACUUAUAUGAUUGAUAAGUAUCUUCGAAAAAUUAUUUAUUAAUAAUUGCACGUAAAAUUUUAUUCCAUUACCGAACAUGUUAUUUUCAACUUGGUGUUUUAUCAUUAUAUAUAUAUAUAUAUAUAUAU